UGAAGAAGCCAUCAUGAUCGGGACACGGAUUACCACUAUAGCUCUUCUCCUGGGUUUGAAUAUGGUCGGUGCGUCAUUUCGGGAGUUUGAUUGCCACAGGUUCGACAACCCUUGCCAGAACGGUGGAACUUGUAAUAACCAAACAAGGACGUGUUCAUGUGUUUUGGGAUUUGAAGGCUAUGACUGUAGCCAGGCUACAGCACUAAGGAAGACGUCCCCCUGUUUUCCGACGGCGUGUCAGAAUGGUGGUACAUGUUAUUCGGGACUAUCCGGGGAUGUGUGUUUUUGCCCCGCGGGUUUCUGGGGAUCCAUCUGCGAGAAACGGCGACACACGGCUGAAGCUUGCAACCGUAACACAGUGAGAAUUGCGAUAAAACCUAUCGGGACAUUUGCUGGGAAGAUUUACGUCAUGGGACUCGGUGCUGAUGUUGUCUGUAAUCUGAACAUGGACGUUACUGAUGGAGCUUACAGGGCUACCAUAUCCACCAGUCCCACAAGUCCAUGCGCAAACGGUCUGUCAAUGUUCACUGAUGCAGCGUCUGGAGAAGACAUACGAGAAGUCAACAUUGUUAUCUCGCACAAACCCUACAUUCUUACCUCCACGGACGAGAGGCAUACUUUCCGAUGUUCAGAAACUGGCUUCAGCACAGUGCUGUCCAUGAACGUUCAGGACAGGCCUGCUGAUGGUCUGAUCUUGAACGAUGGAUCAGGUGACAUCAACAUUCAGUUUACCGCUGCCCCGAGUAGAGCUCCCUUACCCAGCGUUCUGGUCAUCGGUCAAGAUGUUUUUGCGGAAUUUAGUCUACCAAUAAGCAGUCGCUUUACAACGUUCAGAAUAGAGUCCUGUUUUAUGCUGGCCGGUGAGACUUCGGGCAUUUCACAGCCGCUCAUCAUCGACAGCUGCUUGGAUGAGGCCACCCGGGCUUUGAUAGGAGCAGAGCCCCUUACACAAGAUGGGGAUACAACUUUACUUCGCUUUAAACUGUUCCAGUUUCCUCAAACAAACAACCUCGUGAUGUCAUGCAGUGUUAUUACAUGUGACAGUUUUAAUCUAACUCCCUGCUCCCCCGUAAGUUGUUCGGAUGGAUCUGUUGGAUACGGCAGGCGUAAACGAGAGGCGAACGAUGGGCAAACCCUGAAUGUGAGCAGGAGCCUCCACGUGGUUUUGUCCACCGGAGAGUUAGUCGCACUGCUACAAAGGUCAAACCAAACCAGUGGAAUGAGUCAGCAGGAACUGUGUCAACACAGCUCUGCCUUCGUCUCGGUGACAGUUGUCUGUGGAGCUCUCCUCGCUCUGGCACUCAUAGCUAUUGUGCUGAUCUACUUCCGCCAGCGUUCCCGUCGUUCAGUGGAAUUUGUCAGUAAUCCAUACAACGCAUAAAGAAAAUUCCCUAUGAUUACGAUAAUUACUUAUUUUGAACCUAUAGUUGAAUUCUCAGUCUAAUAUUUGAUAGCUUCGUUUCAAGAAACGUCUUGCUUAGGGUGUUAGGACGUGAAGAGAUCAAUUCUGUUUCAUCGAUUUUGUUACUUAAAUUUUUAAAGUUUUAUGUACACGAUCAAAACCAUAAGAAAUAUCUUCAUUUUCACUUUUUUACCUUUUGUUUUUCUUUGUAACACGUACACAACCAAUUUUGCAAUAUUACAAUAACUUUGUUUAUCAGCAUGUGCCAGCAUAAAAUUAGGUGUUUUGUUAACGAAUAUUAAAAACGAAUGGAAAAGUUAGAUAAAUCCCACAAAAAACAACAUCUUGUAAAGUAUGACGACAUUAACUCCCUCGUGAUUUCUGGAAUACCAAAAGAGUACUAUGUGAUUAAAACUGAAACUGGUAGCCGGAGGUGUAUUGAAUUGGGUUCUAGUGAUGGGUCUAUUUUGUUCAUUUUCCUGGGAGAGCAAGGGUUUCUCUCUGGCUCAGAUGGUUAAAUCACAGGCCCCCUGCAUCCAUCAGGACGUUGACCAGUGAGAAUAUGUGUCCAGUUCCAGCUCUCGCUCUGCUGAGAGCUACUUUAGGUCAAGAGGUUUUUCUCCUUCUUCACGAGUCCACAAUGUAACGAAGACACUCUUAUAUUUUAUUUUUCUUGU